AGUCCAAAGGCUCUCUCUCUCUCUCUCUCUCUCUCUCACAAGAAAAAAAAGGAAAAUCCCCGAAAUUAUCAUCGAAUUAAAUUCCCACAAUUUAUUUUACCAUCGAAUUGGUUUCUCUCCCCCGAAGUCAGUCUAAUCUCUCUCUCUCUCUCUCUCUCUCUCUCCGACAAAUCCUUUCCUUUACUCAGUCUCAGACGCUUUUUACAACUCGGUCUGAAUCGGUCCUUUUCAGUGGGGCUUUUAGUUGCAGCGACUGAAUCAACUCGGUCACCCAGUCCUAUGUUUGUGUAUUUGAGUUGCAUGUGGUGGAUUUUCCAUGGAAACAGUGGUUGGAGUUGAGUGGAAUGAUGAAGGGAAGGUUGAAGAGAAUGGGGUUGAUAAAAGUAGCUCGGCUCUGUCUUCACCAAAGCAGAUUGCUGAUCCGGUUGUCUACAAGCUUGUCCGGGUUGAAGGAGAUGGGAGAUUAGUGCCUGCAACAGAUGAUGAAGUAAUGGAGGUUGAGGAUUUUCUUGAAGAUGAAAAGAGUGAAAUGCAUGAUGUUGCCAACACUGAGCAGACUAUGGGGAGUAUAGGCAACGAAGGGUCAUCUUCUGAGAAGAUACUGUUAGAAAGCUCAGAAGGUUUAUUGAAGACCAAGACCUCAGAAGCUGAUGCUGGUAAACAAAAGGCGCAGCUUGAGGAAAGUGUCCCUUCAUCAAGUUUGAAUGAUAACCAUAUUGAUCAAUCUGGGGGCACUGGAGAGUGCCCAAAUCCUCCAGAUGGAAUGAUGGAAAGUGGAUCAUCAGCUUCUGCUGCCGGUACUGGUUUGAAACCUGAUUUUUCCAAGUUAAAUGGAGAACUUUGCUUAGACAAACUAUCAAUUAGAGAACUUCAUGAAGUGUUUAAGGCAACAUUUGGGCGGGAAACUACUGUCAAAGACAAGCUGUGGCUCAAGAGGAGGAUUGCCAUGGGAUUGACUAAUUCUUGUGACAUAUCAACCACAACUUUCACAAUUAAAGAUAACAAAUUGGUGAAGAAAGAUGAAGAAGAAUGCAGUAAGGAUGUGGAUGAUUCAUUCACCCAGGAUCCAGCAGUUGGAGCAGCUGAUGUUAAUUGCAAAGGUUCACCAACUAGCCAUGGUAGCCAAUCGGAAGACCAUCAAAGUGGGUCUGGCAAGAAAUCAAGAAAUAAUAGCUUGGAAAUUGAUAGUGGAAGUGAGCAUCUUAAUACAGAGCAGAGAGCAGCCAAAAGAAUUCGGAAGCCCACCAAGCGAUAUAUUGAAGAACUAUCUGAAGUUGAAUCCAGAGAUUAUAGCCAAAAGUUAAUCAGUUCACCCAAGAGUGUUGGACUUGGACAGGUAUCUCCAAGAUCUUGUCUCAGGCCUGUUAAAAAUGUGCCUUCAGAUGGGAGAACAGUUGUCACCAGGUUGGACUCUCUUGGGGGAUCUGGUGUUCAGGUUCCAUAUGUUUCUCGGGUCCGAAGAAGCCGUCCAAGGAAAAAUGUCAUGGCCCUUAUGAAAUUCAAUCCAAGUGACAUGGGCAUGGCAGCUAAACUAGUAAAGAAGGCCCUUGGUGUUCGUAGUUCUCAAACAGAUGACGAUAUUGGGAGUAAGGUCUUGAAAAGGAGAUAUACAGAUCAGAUUCAGCAGCCGUUCUUUGCUGAACUAGAGAAAGAGAGGCAGAAUUCAGUAAUGGGCAGAAUUGAACGGGGAGAGAAUUUGGGGAGGUCACAGGAAGAUUCUUCUGGGGAUAAUUCGGAUGAUAAUGUAGUAACUGUUCCCACUGCCAAGGGUGGAAUGAGAAGGAAACAUCAUCGAGCUUGGACUCUUGUUGAGGUUAUGAAAUUGGUUGAGGGUGUAUCUAAGUGUGGAGCUGGGAGGUGGUCUGAGAUCAAACGACUUGCUUUUGCAUCCUAUUCAUACCGCACGUCUGUUGAUCUUAAGGACAAGUGGAGGAACCUGCUUAAAGCUAGCUUCGCACAGGCACCUCCAGAUGAUGGGAUGAACUCCCGGAAGCCUACUUCAAUGCCUAUCCCGGAGCCAAUUUUGGUACGAGUGAGAGAGCUUGCCGAGAUGAAUGCACAGGUCCCUCCAAAUCUUAGCUCAAGCAAACCCUCUGUGGGUAGUAGAAACAUGCAUGAAACAAAAUCUGGCUACUUGUAACGUUGUAAAUAAUUCCAGAAAAUAAAGAUACUUAUCUGUAAGCAUUCUGGAGAGCUGGUUGUUCCUCGGUAUUUCUUUUGGUGAUGGUUUGUAUGGAUGAUUAAUUGUAGGCAUCGAGUAAGGCUAAUUAAAGAGCUAUGGAGACGCUGUCA